CUUUUAUUGCUUGUUUUUAACUGAGUUAUUGUGCUCACCCUGGAACUAUUCCUUUACGGCACCCACCGAGCAAUGACUCCUACUUGUGAUUUCCUUGAGGUGGUCUUUAUGUUGUAAAAACUACUUAACUGCUCUACACAGGAGGUCUCUUAGUCAAGUCCCGGCACUUCCACAUAGCAUGGAUUUUUUUUUUUUUUUUUUUUUUUGCCUGAAACUGCAAAUCUACGGGCAGCCAGUGCUUGCCGUGCCACAGUGCAGCAAGCAGCAUCUUCUGUUCUGAAAUGACUUUGAUGUUCUCGAAAGCAAAGUUGAAAGAAAGAAAAUUGGGUUUGACACCUGAUAUAUUUUUAUUCUCCACCUCAUGGUUCUGUCUGGGUUAACCUCCUUUUCCCCCCACCCCUUCCCUUGAUUAGCAUUGUUCAGAUGCUGCUUCAAGUCCUCCAUGAUCAUUCUCAGAGAUGUCUAUUCUCGCUGGAAGCAAAGAACAUGACUACGGUUUUGCUUCCAGCAAAUCUUUGAGCCAUCUGCUUCCCAUCUCAGGGGUCAAGACUCUGCCCGCCAAAGGGAUCCACUACAAGAAGGUCCGGAGAAUUUACUGCUCGGAUCCCUUCCAAGCCUUUGAUGUCAAGAAGGAGGUCAUGAUCAAUGUCGGGGGCAGCAAAUAUCUCCUCCCUUGGAGCACACUGGAUGAGUUCCCUUCCUCCAGGCUGAGCAAACUGAAAUCGUGCAACAGCUAUGAGGAAAUCAUCCAGAUCUGUGAUGACUAUGAUGAAGACACCCAUGAAUUCUUCUUUGACCGGAACCCGAGUGCUUUUGGGAUGAUUGUCAGCUUCCUUGCAGCGGGGAAACUGAUGCUCCUUCGUAACAUGUGUGUCUUAUCCUUCCGAGAGGAGUUAAAAUAUUGGGGGAUUGCAGAGUCAAAGUUAGAGAACUGCUGUUUCCAGAAGCUCCUUCAAAAGGUGGAGGAACUAUCGGAGGAGCACAAAGAAGAAGAACUGCAGAGGGCCAAGCUGGUGGCUUGUGCCCAGAAGGAGGAGACCAAAUUUGGUCGUUUCAUGAACAACUUGAGGGACAUGGUGGAAAACCCACAGUCAGGUCUCCCUGGGAAAAUCUUUGCUUGUCUAUCUGUCCUCUUUGUGGCGACCACAGCAAUAAGCCUUUGUAUCAGCACUAUGCCAGACUUGAGAGAAGAAGAAGACAGGGGUGAAUGUUCCCAAAAAUGCUACUACAUCUUCAUCAUAGAGACCAUCUGCGUAGCCUGGUUCUCCCUGGAAUUUUGCCUUCGGUUUAUUCAAGCAAAGAGCAAAUGUCAGUUUUUCAAAGGGCCCUUGAACGUUAUCGACUUCCUGGCCAUUUCUCCUUACUACGUCUCCCUCAUCAUGCUGGAUGACGAAGUUUCGGAGAACGACCACCGUCCCAGCGGGAGUUCAUAUCUUGAGAAGGUGGGUUUGGUGCUACGGGUCUUAAGGGCGCUGAGGAUACUCUACGUCAUGCGCCUGGCGAGGCAUUCUUUGGGCUUGCAAACCUUAGGUCUCACCAUGCAGAGGUGCGCUCGUGAAUUUGGCCUCCUGAUCCUCUUUCUGUGCGUGGCCAUCACGCUGUUUUCUCCCCUGGUCUACCUUGCGGAGAACGAAUCGGGCAAGGUCUUGGAGUUUACUAGCAUCCCGGCCUCCUAUUGGUGGGCUAUCAUUUCCAUGACGACGGUGGGGUAUGGGGAUAUGGUCCCAAGGAGCAUUCCAGGCCAGAUGGUGGCUCUCAGUAGCAUCCUGAGUGGGAUUCUCAUUAUGGCCUUUCCAGCUACCUCCAUUUUCCAUACCUUCUCCCAUUCCUACGCGGAGCUGAGGAAACGGCACAAGCGAUUGCAUGCCCAACUCACGAGAAUAAGAAGUGCCAACACAAUCAGCGAAAGAGAUACUUUCAACGAAAGCGAAAGCUUUGCUUCGGACGAAAGCGAGUACCCCAUCAAGUACAUUUUCAAAGGAUAAGGCUCUCCUUUGCCAUAGAACGUGGACUUCAAAACCGCCACCACCACCAUCACCGGGCUUCCCAAAGAUGAUAGGUAGUCUCCAGCUCUUUCAACCACCCUUCCAACCAGCAGCUUAGAGAGCUUUUUGCUCAGGUGCAACCACGGAUGCUUGAGUGAGACCAGGCAGAAAUAGACAAGAUUACCAGCCAAAGGGUGGAAUGGAAACUAUCAAAGGCUGUUGCUGUCUUCAACAUCUAAGAGAAACCUGGCUCUUUGGGCCUACCAAGUUGUGGUCCUCAGAGAGCCUUCUGCAAACUGGGAAUUUUCGGAGGGUAGGACUGGGUGCCCCAUUGUCUCCAUUUGACUGGUUAGAUAGAUGAUAGAAGUUUUAGUCCCAGCAAAAACUCUGCACUAAACUGUCACGAAAUAUUCCUAAGCUUGGUUAGAUUUAGCUUGGGUUAAUUUGUUUGUGAUGCGGUGAUGUGCAGAUUCAGCCCAUUUAGAAUCCAGUAUAUAUCAGAUGCCUCUUAGACAAGGCAUAAACCAAAAGAUGAAGAAAUAGCCUUCCUAAUCAUCUUAGUUUUUAUAUUGUCUACUUGUCUCGCCUUCUCUUCUAUCCUCUUCCUCUCCUCUUCUCUUCUCCCCUUCUCUUCUCUUCUCUUCUCUUCUC